AUGGCGAAGAACUCGUACGAGAAAGCUAUUGAAGGACUCAAGAAACUUCUCAAUGAGAAGGGAGAGCUAGGACCUGUUGCAGCAGCAAAAAUUGAUCAAAUUACAGCAGAGUUGCAAACAGUUGACAGCAAAGGGUUUAACCCUGUUGAGAGGCUGAAAAACGGCUUCAUUCAUUUUAAAAAAGAGAAAUACGAAACGAAUCCGAGCUUAUACGGUGAACUUGCCAAAGGCCAGAGCCCUAAGUUCAUGGUUUUUGCGUGCUCCGACUCCCGGGUCUGUCCGUCACAUGUGCUGGAUUUCCAACCAGGGGAGGCAUUUGUGGUCCGAAACGUUGCCAACAUGGUCCCACAAUAUGAUCAGGUUAAAUACGCUGGAGUUGGGGCUGCGGUCGAAUAUGCUGUUCUGCAUCUCAAGGUGGAGAACAUUGUGGUAAUCGGACAUAGCUGCUGUGGUGGUAUAAAGGGUCUCAUGACUUUCCCGUUUGAUGUUCCCAACUCCACUGACUUUAUAGAAGACUGGGUCAAAAUCGGUUUACCUGCCAAGAAUAAGGUGAAGGCAGAGCAUGGUAGUGCACCUUUUCCAGACCAGUGUACAACCUGUGAGAAGGAAGCUGUGAAUGUAUCACUUGGAAACCUGUUAACUUAUCCAUUUGUGAGAGAUGGGUUGAUGAAGAAAACUCUAGCAUUGAAGGGCGGCUAUUAUGAUUUUGUCAAAGGAAGUUUUGAGCUCUGGGGACUUGAGUUCGGCCUGUCUCCCCCUCUCUCCGUUAAAGAUGUCGCCACGAUACUGCACUGGAAGCUCUAG